AAACAAACAAACGGCGAUCGGCAGAAGCAGACAGCCCCAAAACUCUCUUUGGUUAUGGCACAGGAAGUGUAUUCUCAACGCGCUUUGUUCGGCGGGGCCAUCUCCAGCAUCAUCCCUAAUAGAUUUCAGGAUGUGAGCAAUGUUCGUCAGGUUCCUGAUCACCAGGAGGCAUUUGUGGACCCUGCCCGCGACGAGAGCUUGAUCAUUGAGCUGUUGGAUUUGAAGCCUGAAGUUGGGGACAAUGGAAGUGCUGCCUGGUUUCUUCAGGACCUUGCCACUGAGCAAGAGGCUGAGGGAAGUGUGGUGGUUGAGCAGUCGGGAGUAGUUGAGGCUCCUGGGCUAUGUUACAGAAACAUACCUGCUGUUGUUACAACUGCAGUUGCCCAAAUGGCAAUUUCCAAGGGGCGACAAGGAAGGGAAGCACAAAAUACUGUGAGGGUCUAUGUGGCAAACCUACGACUUAAGGGAGUUAAUACAGAUGUGCUAAUUACUGCAUAUGAACCCAUUCAUAUCAAUCCUUUGAGCGAAAGUGCUAACACAGUCGGGGCUGGUCUUGCUGCUCCUGCAUUACAAUCUGGGCAUGUGCCAAUGGCUGAGGUCUUUAGACUCGCUGUCUCGAGCUUCAAAAUCAAUGACUGGAAUCUCUUUGGUUCUGGGCCAUGAGAUGUGUUCCGAACAGUUAUGUACUCCAGAGUAUUAGGGUAGUUAUAGACCUUAUUUCAUUGUGAAGGCCUCUUCUGCUAUAGCUUGAUUCUGGUAGCGUGAUGUUCUCACACCAUUUGCAGUUGUCGAUCAGUUAUCGUUUUGAAUCAAAUCCAACCAUUACUUGAA